ACUCGCCGAGCGCGAGCAUCCGGGUACCUAUCAUGAUUUGAAGCAUGUCUCAGUCUGGACUUGAACAGUACCUUGAUCGUCUAAGGAAAGCGAGAUCGGACAACGAAAUAUUUGCGUGCCUACUCGUCAUUACUCGCCUCGUUCAAGCAAAUCAAGUCGACGGAGAAACAAGACGAAGGAUAUUUGAUGCUGUUGGAUUCGACUUUUUGAACAGACUUAUAGCUACGAGUGUAGUGCCAGAGGGAUGUUCUGAACAUAUUUUUUCAUCACUGGCUCUCACGUUAUUGGCGUGUUUUGCUACUGACAAGGAGCUGGCUGCCGAUCCUCAAAUGUUAACGAAAAUACCAUUUUUCUGUGAAGUUAUUGGCUCUGGUGUGGGUUCAAGUAAAGGUGAAGUGCUUUCAAUGGCUGCUGAUGCUCUGCACUGUUUGACAGCCAUAUCGCUUAUACCUGUUGUGAGACAGCAGCUGAUUAACAGAGCCACUGCUGCUGUUCUAGUUCAACAAGCAGUCAUUGGGUGUGAUGCAGCAAGUGAUAUUAUUCUUCGAUUGGCUUGUAGUGAGAGGAAAAUGUUAUACUCUGGCUGUUCUGACCAAGUGGCUUGGUUUGUGCAACAUUUGUCAAGACUAUUUAAAACAGACCAGGGUUUGACAAAGUUUGCAGUGUGCAAGAAAUUGAUUGUUCUUAUCUCACCAGAGAUUCAGACUAGUUGGCAAGAGCUAGGAAACUGGCAAAAGGACAUAUGGUUGGGUCUUAAUGAUAUUCUUUGCAGUAAAAUCACCCCUCAGUAUUGCCAGGAUGCUUUAGGAUUGGCUAGAAAUGUUGUUGAAGUUGUGGGCAUGAAAUGGGUUCUUGCCGGAGUACAAGAUAGUUCAAGUGUGCACAGUGACUUUAUUUUGCUUCUGUUGCAUCGAAUAGUAGUAGAAACAAAGAUGUGUCUUGACAGGGAGACAGUAAAAGAGGUACUCGAAAGUGAAGUCCUUGUGUCGAAUUGCUUUUACCUUUUAGAACACUAUAUUCAUCUUCUUGUUACUGAAGGGGAAGAUUCUUUGCUUUCUCAGUUAGUAUCUCGGCUUCAUAGAACAAUAGAAGAUGCUAUUAAAGACGUCAUUAGUUUUCUGACAACUGUAGCCAUGUCUGAAACAUCUGAGAAGGCAUUGUUUUUACAGCACGGUGUUGUUCAUGCAUCCGUUCGAGUUCUUUGUGUCUGGAUGGCAGAGGAAACAGCUUCAUUAAAGGACAUUGCAAAUCUUGUGCCUUUCUUGGUUGGCUUGGGGCAACAGUCACUAAUAACAUUAAUGAAAGAAAGUCAGGCUUCAUCAGAGGACGUUUUUGCUGGGAAUGAUGUCACUCGAUUCUUGCUUCCUGCUGUAUGCCAUUUGUCAUCUGAGGAUGACACUCGUCAUACACUGAUUGCUUCUGGGUGUCACUUACUACUGAUUGACUAUUUUGUUUGGAAAAUUGAUUUAUUCAAGCAUCAGUUGUCAUUGGAAACUGACAGUUUAGAUAUACAAGAUACACAAGCAGCAGUUGUGACAUGCUGUAGUGCAUUGUUAAACUUCUGUGUAAUGGAGCCUCAUCUCAUUGCUUCGGAUUCCAACUUUCACAGACUGAUUCAGUCUGUAUUCUCGUUUGUUUGUACAUCAGAGAUGGAUCAACAUGUUGUGUUACAUCUUAAUUGCAUUUGUCUUGGCUUGAUGAUUCUACAAUCUGGAUCUGUAACCAACUCAAAUUUACAGGAAUUUUUUAAGAAGACGUCUCAUGAUUUGGGCAUAGUGUACAAGUUUAGUGAGGACUGUACGACUUGUCGUGUUUCUGAACAUUACCAGAAAUAUUGGACUGACAUCAGAUGUCUUUGGUCUUUAGCUAUGCAGGCCUUGAGUUCGUGCAUUAGAACGUAUUCAGUGGCUCGACAAGUUAUUCUUGACUGGGAAUGGCCUUCUCUUGCUGCGCGUUGGAUUAAAAAAUUGUCUCGAGCGCAAGAGAAGCCUGAUACUUUAUCUGAAUCUAGUACAGAAAAACAAGAAGCAGAAGUGUCUUUUAAGCAGUUGAUUGUUGCUUUGUCAACAUCAGCCUAGUGUAGAAAUGUUUUCUUAACAUGUGAAGAUGGAAUCUGGCAAAAUUUGUUGAUGAAUUCUUUGGAUUGUGGUAUUUCGGUAGUAUGUUGUGGCAGCAGCGUUGCCAGCCUUUCAUUAUUGGGGCUAGACUGUCAGUUGACACAUCAAACUCAAUUAAUUA